CAUAGGUUGUACACAUUUGUAAGCUUCAACUUGUUUAUAAAGAAAAAUAGAUACAAACGCUACGUCAAACUGUUACUGGGUUUUAUUUGGAUUUUAUUGUAUGACCAAGGAAAACAUAAAUUUUCUUGUAAGAAUCAGUGGAAGGAAAUAACUAGGUGAUCUGGGUCACAAUGUUUAAUCGUAUUUGAUUGGACAACUCUUUGUGUUUAACGUAUCGUAGACCGUGUUCUAUUUUGAGAAGGAAGUCGGCAGCAAAAAACUGGGAGGGGAAUCCGGUACCGACGGUUUUCGAGGAUGGGUGGAAAUGGCAUAGUCCAACAAAAAAAUGGAAAAGUGAAUGGCUUAAAUGGAAAUAUUAAAAGGCAAAAUCCUUGGCACUCAGAAAAAAAUUGGAAGGAUGAUUUCCAUGAAUCAUUUGAAGAGACACCUCUGUUUGUAGCCAUCACAACAUACCUGGGUUAUGCUCUGCUGGUAAUAGUAGGACACAUCAGAGAUUUUUUAAGAUUCUAUAGCAUCGAGAAACAAAAGACAUGUACAGAACCCAGGUUAAAAGGGUUUGUUCCAUUAUACCAGACCUGGGAAAGUUUUUAUACGCGGCAUUUGUACCGUCGUAUUCGAGAUUGUUGGAACAGACCAAUAGGGAGCAUUGCUGGAGAAUAUAUUGACAUCUUGGAGCGACGGACAAAUGAUUAUGGAUGGAAUUUUGAACUGACUGGAAAGCGGCAACAUGUAAUGAAUUUUGGUUCCUACAAUUAUCUUGGAUUUUCCGAGAAUACUGGACCAUGUGCUGAAGCAGUCCAUAAGACAACUCAAGACUGUGGUGUUAGUGUUUGCGGUACACGGCAAGAAUUUGGUUAUGCGAAAAUUCAUAAAGAUCUAGAUGAAUUGGUUGCAAAAUUCCUUGGUGUGGAGGCAGCAAUAACAUUUCCUAUGGGUUUUGCAACCAACUCGAUGAAUAUGCCAUUACUUGUUUCAUCGGGGUGUCUCAUUCUGAGUGAUGAGCUGAACCAUGCGUCGUUGGUUCUCGGUUCUCGACUGUCUGGGGCUAUGAUCAGAACGUUCAAACACAACAAUAUGGAAGAUCUGGAACGUCUGCUCUGCGAUGCUGUGGUGAGUGGUCAGCCCAGGACACACCGGCCAUGGAAGAAGAUACUUAUAGUGGUGGAGGGCGUCUACAGCAUGGAAGGUUCUGUGACCAAAUUACCUGAGAUUGUACGCUUGAAGAAGAAAUACAAAGCCUAUGUCUAUCUGGAUGAGGCACACAGCAUCGGUGCUAUGGGUUCUCAUGGAAAGGGUAUCGUUGACUAUUUCAACCUUGAUGUCAAAGACAUUGAUGUUCUGAUGGGAACUUUCACCAAAAGUUUUGGCUCAAGUGGGGGAUACAUUGCUGGAUCAAAGAAACUUAUAAACCAUCUGAAGGUGAACUCCCACAAUGCUGUGUACUCCUGUGCCAUGUCACCACCAGUUGCUAUGCAGAUCAUCUCAUCCAUGAAAAUCAUUAUGGGUCUGGAAGGUGGAGAUGAAGGAAAGAAGCGAAUUCAGCAGCUAGCAUGGAAUACAAGAUACUUUCGCCGCCGACUUCACGAAAUGGGUGUCAUCGUCUAUGGCAACAGGGACUCCCCAGUUGUUCCUGUCAUGAUCUUUAUGCCUGCUAAAAUUGCUGCCAUGGGACGAGAAACUCUGAAGAGAGGGCUUGGUAUUGUUGUGGUUGGAUUCCCAGCGACCCCAAUCAUCGAGUCUCGUGCCAGGUUCUGCCUUUCUGCUGCACACUCAAAAGAAAUGUUGGAUAAAGCACUGGAUGUUAUUAAUGAAGUGGCAGAUGUGAUUUCCUUGAAAUAUUCCCAGAGAACGCCAACUAUUUUUGAUGAGAAGGAUAUGAAACUCACUGAGUAACUGUUCCUGAUGUCAGUUGGUUUCCUCGUGUUGCAACAUACAAGUUAAAAACUUUUCUAUGAAAAAUACUGGCUCAGUGCAACACAAGGAAGAAGAGAAAGCCCAGUCUUAUUAUUUUGUUUGUUUACCACUAGAUUACCCACUAGUGGUGGAUGAAACAUUAAGUACUUGGAUUUUUUUAUACAUCAAUUUUUUUUGCUUUCUAGAGUCAAACUUCGGUAAUUUAAACUUCAGUCUUUGAAAAGGUCUCAUCCCUUUACUAUUGGGCCAUUUCAGAUCAAAUUCUCAUCCAAAUUAAAAACGAGAGCAUUUUACAGCUGUGACAUACUGAAUCAAUGGGUAAACCUUUCUUAAUCCAAAGUACUGCUGAAAAGUUAAGCCGUCUUUCUUUGUUUUAAUUACUGAGUGUGAAACCGCCAUGUCUUCCUUGCGUCCAUUCAUGAAGUGCAACAUUGGGUGAUUAUUUCAGCAGAUUUGAUCGUUUUUAGGUUAACGCUUGUUUUGUUUUUUUUAAACUGCAUCGACUCACCUUAAACAUUAUCAUUUUUUGCUUGUUUAGUGAUACGUAAGAUACUUUCAUACCACAGUGCUCUUGUUUCUUAUGUGCUUCCAGUUGUACAUGUAUAGAUUUUUUUUUUUUUUUUUAAAUCAUGGUUCAUUAUAUAACAUAUGGAAUUAUGUUUCAUGAUGUCAUAUAACUGAAAUUAUUGUCAUGGAGGGUUAUUAUGUUACAUUAUAUUGUGAUGUAAUGAGCUUUGGCAAAUGAACAACACUCGAGCACAAUAUUAUAUUGCUGAAUCACUGAUUUUAAAUUAUCGAAGUUUGACUAUCGUAGAUUGAUUCAUUGGAUUGAAAUGAACCAGAUGAUAUGCUAAAGAAUUAUUUUUCUCAAACCAGUAUAUCGCUGUAACUCGUUACAUAUUAAAAUGGUCAGGUGGGCUCAGAUAUGCUGAUCUUGGAAGGCUAUAUUUGGCUUAAUUUGUUAAUAAAUAUUAUAUUGUUACAUUUAAAUUAUUUAUAAAGUCUGAAUCAAGUAUUGCUAAUUUCAUCUAAACUUGGCAGGUCCAUAUAUGAGCCUUGUUUUUCUUAAAUUUUUAAUUGUAUCAGAUUACAAAAAUGGUAUGCUGGAGUACUCCAUUCAAAAGCAUAAAUAUUUGACCUGGAUAGAGCAGUUGGUAGUCAUCAGUUUUAUUGAAAUAGCAGGUCACUAUUGCUGUCUGCUGAAUGUUAUUUCAGUCAUCAAUAAUAUGUGGAUAAAAUGUUAACCACUUCAUGAAAACAUUAAAUUAUGUAUUUAGAUGUUGAGACAUUCAUUUCACGUCGUCGGUUCAUUUUGAUAACUUGAAUUUAUGAAAGGGCUAUUCCAAAAAUUAUUUUGAAACAAGAGACAGUUUUGUUGACUGUUCACACUAAUUGAUGAAUUGAAAACUUCUUGCUGACCCACCUGGAAUAAAAACUAUAAUCCAGGUUCCUCCCACCUCUCCAUGUUGAUGAUUUUUGGAAUAGCCAUAAUAGAUUUAAUCGUACAUAUUCAGGUUUUUUUUUAGAAAAAAAUGGGAUCCAUCUUUUACAAAACAAGGUAAUUUCAUUGCUGGUAUUACUAUGUUAUAAGUGUUUGCUCUCUUACAAGCUUAAGUGGAUAAUUUGUAAGAUGUGCAAGGUAUUUUAUAACAUAAAUGACAUUUUAUUGGAUAUAUAUUUUGUAAGUAAUGAAAAGAAAAAAAAAUCAAACUUCUUUAUAUACACAUUUUUAAACCAUAUUUACAUGUGAAAAAUCCUAAUGACUUCGUAACUGUUCAAAGCAGUUACAAAUGAUGGGAUAUUUCCUUUCUGUAUGUUUGUGUCGUACACAGUGUGUAUACUAUAACUUUGAUGUCCACCUGCCUUGUCUCAUACUCUCAACUUUUUGUUGAGAAGUGGACAUGGAUUUACUGAUAGAUUAGCUGUUGUUAGGGUACUGUAGAAUGCUUUUUUGCCAAUUUGGCUGAACUGCAGUAUGCUUUUCAGCCGAUUCAGAUGAAUUGCAGUGCGUUUUAACUGAUUCGGCUGAAUUGUAGGGUGCUAUUUAGCAGAUAUGGUCAUAAAAGUAAAGUUCUUUUAGAUAAAACUGUUGCCUACUUGUGAGUUUAGCGUGAUGAAUAUAAGACUUGUGUUAAUGCCUAAGGAUUUAAUAAAGCCAGAAUAGAGAAUACAUUGCUAUUACAUCAUGUAUAACAGUAGCCCAUUGUUUACAUACAGAUCACAUUCAAAUGGUGUUAACCAGUGGUGCUAAUAUUAAAAAUAUGGGAUGAAUAAUCAGCAAGAAGCCUUUACGAGGAAACCGAUUUCCACUUUGAUUAUCAUGUCUUUCCAUUUGGAAAUCAUUCCACGAGAGACAUUUCAUCUAAGGAGAGGAGUUGUACAAACUUGGAAAACCAAGUUCUAUUUAAAGCGAAACAAGGCAAGUGUGAGCGACACCUCGCUUGUCACAAAGAGGCCUGAUUAUGAUCGCUCAACUAGAAGCUGCAUUUUACAAAUAUUAGAGCAGGUCUCUGUUCCACGAAGUGAUCUUAGCAGUAAGAUCACCUUAAAUUAAUAACUACCUUAUACACUUAGGUGAUCUUGGCACUAAGAUCGCUUGGUGGAACGGGAUCCAGGACUAGUGGAAUAUCCAUACUAAAUGUGUGAGAUGGACGUAUAUAAAAUAUUUUAAUGUAAUUUGAAUAAAUUGAUAAUUUAAUAUUUUCUAGUGCCGUUAAUGCUAUACAGUUAAUCUGGCCUAGAGAAUUAUCGAUUAAGAACAUUGUAAUUUAUGUUAUUACUCUUCUGUUAUAAAUGUUUGGAUUGGUCCAAAUGAUAUCAUGUGAUUUAAAAGAAACUGCAUUCGUAAUGCCAUGAAACUCAUUUUGCACUACUUUCUACAGGGCUUAGAAAACCAAGAUCAUUUCAGCCAUUUUAUUUCUUUCAAAUUAAUAAAAUAACUUUACAUUAUUUAUUAAUAUUGAAUCAGUAAGUGUUAUGGUUUAAAAUAGUUUUUUAUCAAAUUUAUUAAUGUAUAAAAGAAUGUGAGUAAUCCCUUGUUUGGUUACUGACAGUAAAAGUCAAACCUCAGAAUAGGAGUAUUUCCCUUAGUCUUUGUAUUGAUUUCCUGAAGAAAAUGUUCAGUUGAUACUUCAUACUAUUUUUAUACUGAUAAAAUAGUUAUACACUUGGAAUUGUAAAAUUGAACAUGAUAAUUACUGACACACUACACCAUUCAUGCAGUGUGUAAAGUAAUUCUGUGGUUCAUACUUACAGGAACUAUACAAAAUUAUCAUGUACAUUACACUGGUACAACAGAUUAACAGUCUACUAAACCUGUAUUAUAGUUCUGCCUUGCUGGUUUGGGUUUUUUUCAUUCUGGUACAAACAUUUUAGGGUUAAAAAAGGUAUCAGGUUCUAACAAACUCUGUACAUUAUUGUUUUUAAAAUUCUUACACAUUUGAUUUUCAGGAAUUCUGGUCAUUAGCAAAAUGCAGAAAAAUAUUACACUACUUAAACUUGUUGGGGAAAUGUGGGAAAGACACUGUGCUAAUUAAAUUUAAAAUAAAUAAUUUGUUCCCUUGCUUUGGAUAAUUUAUUCCCAUGUUUUGGAACGAGCUUGAAGGCAAGAGGAAAGAGAGUAUUCUUGUUUGAUUAUGAACAUUGUUGAUGGUGUUUGUCAGAGUUGUCAGUGUCAGUUCUGAGAUGUUAUUAAAUAAUUACGUCUUUCCUUUUUAUUUCAUGAUACUAUACAGUAGUUACACUGGCAGCUGUAAUGGUGUGUAGUUUUUCACACGUAAGUGGCACCUUUGGUCAAGUGGUAAAUUUGAAUUGCCUAGAAGGCCUCUAAUCCGUGUAACAUGUCAAUAUUCUUUACCUUUUUUCUUACUCAAAAAUACAUCAUGCAUUUUCUGAUUGAUUUUUUUUUUUUUUUUUACAUUUAUUAUCUACAUGUUGUUUUUAUUUAAUAUAGUAUACAGUAAUAAAGCCACUUAACUAAAAUGUAUAGGUUAAAGUUUUUGUUAACCAUGUUCAUUUUAUACCGGUUGACUCGGGACUUUGAGGACCUCAUACAUUUUUGUCUGGUUUUAGCAGUGCAUAAAAAUUAGGUCAUUGAAAUAAUCUGUACCAAAAUGGAUGACACUGGAAGACGGCAUAUCAUGUUAUAAAAAUUAGUUCAGAUCCAUGUUCUGUACUAAAGACAUUGGACCUAUUCAGCCUGAAUUUGCCAGUUCCAAAUUAAACAAAACAAAAACACAACAAAACUUACAUUAUUACAUGUUAAAAAGAUUUGUUGUGGAUGAAUUAAAUAUUCACCGAUGAAGUUCUUCAAUGGAUGUGACUGUACCAGUUUGUUAGUAAGUGCAGCAAUUUAAAAACACUGAAUCCAACUGGUACAUCACUCAAAAUGGAUGUGUAUUUGAUGAACAAUUUGCAUAUAUUCCAAGUUUAACUAAAUCUUAUGAAAUAUAUAAAUCACACCCACCAUUACAGUAUGAUUAUUUUCAUUUGAUUUUUGUAUUUUCUUAUUUAUUUCACUGUAUCUGUAGUUGAUCUGUAUGAUUAGAAGUGACUGUUAGUGUGCUGUUGUAAGUAAACUUUUGAGUAAUUAGUUUGUGCCAUUCUGAAACCAUGCUGGUUCAUUGUAAUAGAAAAUACCUGUAAUAUGCUUUUAUCUUACUAACAAUGAUUAUGAGGAAGCAUCUACUUUUUUAUUAUUAUUUUUUUGUUUUUGUUAUUACAUUAUGUUCAUUACUUUGUUGAAUUAGUAAAAAUAAUCUUCAUUUUAACUACUAAUAAAAAGAAUCAUUGUUCAUAUUACCGUAGUGACUUAUCAGUUGGAACUGAAGAGAAUUGUUAGCCAGAUUGAAUCAAAUUCUUAAGGCUUUGUUAUGUGAAACGGUUAUGGAAACAUUUGACAUAUGACAUUAUGUAAUAGGUUUUAUUACCCCAGUGGUGUCUCAUAAUGGGAAAUAGAAAAUUUAACUAAAACAUCACUCAUUGGUUUAACAUACCAUAUUAUUGGAUGAUUUAGCACUUACUAACCAAUGGCCAUGUCAGUACUAAAAUUACUGGGCAAGUAAUAACAAUUGAUUAGUUGCUAUAGCAAUACUCAGAAUUGUGUUAAACUGUUUAGAAUUGUGGGUAUGUAAAUUUAAAAAAAGAUAAAUAAUAAAGUAUACAAAGAAAAACAAAUAACUGGGAUAUCAAAAGAGCAUGAUACAGAGGAUAAUAAACUAGAUGCCAGUAAUUAUGGAUUUUCUUUUUUUGUUACUUGUGACACUUGUUUCAUUUGGGAUAUAAACCUGAUAACAACUGGUAACUUGUUUAUUAUCCUCUAUAUCAUGCUACUUUGGUAUUGUUAUAUUGUAUUAGGAACAGUUAUGUAUGUUCAGAAGUAAAAGUAAUACUGUGAGUGCAAACGUAUCAGAAAUUGUUUGUCAAGUAGUGCAAAGUUUGCUAGUAUUUUGGGAGGAAUAUUUAAUACUUCACAUUUUUCAAAGUAGUAAUUGUCAAAGAAAUUUCAAGUAAUGUGAACCAAACAUUUAGUUGUGUUGUGCCAAUGUAUAUGACAAACAUUUUUAUUGAACUGUACAGAUAAAAACAAUGUGAGUGUUACAUCUUGCUUGACCAUCACGGCAGUUUUCUGUACACUCCAAGGGUGUAAAAAAAUUGUUUAUUCAAACUAGAUGUGCAUUUUUCGUAAAUGAUGUUAUUGGCGGGGGUGGGGGGUGAGCGUAGCUUUAGUAAAAUGGCUACAACACAGACCCCAAGUAAUGAGCCUUAAGAAUAAAUGGACAUCCUUUUUAUAUUUCAUAACAAUGGGACAGAGUGCAAGUGCAAAUAAUUUUAACAUGCUCAUAUACCACUAGAUGGGACAGACUGCUACAAAUGUGAAGUUGUCUUACGCUAACAAUUCUCUUUAUAUAUUGUGAUGUGAAAAUGCACUAACAAAACAAACUGAUAUUUUGUUGCUUCUUGUGUGUUGACUGAUUUUGUUAUAAUCUUGGAAUAAAUCUGCGUAUAAGAAACAGGGUUUAAACUGUUUGUUAAAACAAAUUAAAGUUGAAUAAGGCAAACAAGACUUCUUGAUGGAUUUAUCAGAAAGAGAACCCUAUUGGUCUGCUUGUUUUUGUUAAAUUUUAUUACAUUUUGUUUUGGCCAAGAAAAAAGCAAAUUUAACUACGCCAUUAAACAAAAUGCACCAAAUUGUUAACCAUGUUUGUUGUUCAGCCUGAACCCUGAUAAAAUUGUGAAACAGUUUUGUUACCAAGAACGGACUCAUUAGUCUCACUGUUCAAGUAUUUGUAGUGUAAUAUGAUGCAACAUAUAGUAAACUAUUCAAAUUGUUUUAAUAUUUUGUAGUGUAGUUUGAUACUUAAGUUAUAAAGUAUUUGUGCUUAUAUUUUUUUAAACAAAAAAUUCUAUUUCGUUUGUUCAGGCAUUUUUCUUAGUACAUUUGAAAAUCUAAAAGGCAAUUAAAUUUUUUUCCCUAA